ACCGAGCGUCAUGCGUGUGAAAAAAAGUAAAAUUAAAAAAUAAUUCAGUGAACCAAAUAAAACUUGUCGUGGUAAUUGAAUGUAGUGCAAUGUUUUUUGAUUAAAAAAAUAUAAAAAAAAAAAAUUAAAAUCCUGUGACAUGUGCUUUUUUUUAAAAAAGUGACGAAAAUAGAAAAUAAAUAUCAAAAUGCGGCUAUCAAUAUAUCUAUGUAUUAUUCUAAAUAUAUCCGGAGCAUCGUUAGAAAGUUAUAAUGUUUUUGAUUUCUGGACGAAUUUAUUCCGACCACUACCUCGCAACAAAAAAGAAGGAUUUGUACCUGACUACACUCCUAAAGACGGUCAAGAAUAUGAUUUUAUUUUGGUAGGAGCUGGAUCAGCCGGUUGCGUUUUAGCCAAUCGGUUAUCAGAAGUUUCUCAAUGGAAAGUGCUUCUCUUAGAAGCAGGUGGCAAUGAAAAUUACUUUUCAGACAUUCCGAUAUUUGCUCCUUUUCUUUCAAUAACUCCCAUGAAUUGGGGUUACGCUUCUGAACCAGAAGAAAAGGCCUGUCGAGAUCUCAGAGGAAAGGUGUGCUAUAUGCCUCGCGGUAAAGUUCUCGGCGGAAGCAGUGUUCUUAAUUUCUUAAUAUAUCAACGAGGUCACCCCGAGGAUUACAAUGAUUGGGUUCGAAUGGGUAAUAACGGUUGGAGUUAUAACGAAAUACUGCCGUACUUUAAGAAAUCUGAAAAUAUAAAAAUAAAUGACUUAAGAAGUUCAAUCUAUCACGGUGUAGGAGGAUAUUUAGACAUUGAACAUUCCAAGUAUUCUACUCCUUUAAAUGAAGCAUUUAAGGAGGCAGGUGAAGAACUUGGCUACGAAUGGAACGAUCCUAAUGGGGAAAAAGUAAUUGGUUUUUCAAAGCCUCAGGCUACUAUCCGGAACGGUAGACGAUGUAGCACAUCUAAAGCUUUUUUAGAACCGGUGCGUUUUAGAAGAAAUUUAAAAAUUUCAAAGUAUUCAACCGUAACGAAGAUUUUAAUUGAUCCAAUUACUAAAGUAGCAAAUGGAGUGGAGUUCGUGAAAAAUGGCAAGAGGAAAAGAAUAUUUGCGCGACGGGAAGUUGUUUUGGCAGCUGGAACUAUCGGUUCGGCCCAACUGCUGAUGCUAUCUGGUAUAGGUCCGGAGGAACAUUUGAACGAACUUGGCAUUAAAACUCUAGCCAAUUUACCUGUUGGCUACAAUCUACAAGAUCACAUCACAUUUUCAGGAAAUGCCUUCAUUGUCAAUACAACAAAUUUAUGCGUAAACGAUAUAUUAGCGGCAUCGCCAACAUCUGCAGCACUGUAUAUGCUGGGACAAGGCCCACUUACUAUUCCUGGUGGCGCAGCGGGAUUAGCCUUUACCCAAACCAAAUACGGCCAGGACCUUGGCGAAGGCCGGCCUGAUAUGGAGCUGGUAAUGGGAGCUGGUUCCCUAGCUGGAGAUUUACUUGGAAUAAUACGAUCUAUGCUGGGUGUAACGGAUGAGUGGUACAAAGAAGUUUACGGGUCACUGUCACUUCAAGAUCGUCAGAAUUCUUUCGCGCUGAAUCCUAUUCUAAUUCGACCCCGCAGCGUUGGGCGCGUAACUCUGCGUACUACAAACUUCACAGAUCAACCUAGAAUACAACCUAACUAUUUUAACCACCCAGAUGACUUGCUGGCUAUAAAAGAAGGCGUGCGAUUUGCUCAAAGAAUAAUUAAUACAAAAGCAUUUCAACGAUACGGCACAAGAUUACACGACACGCCUUUCCCUAAUUGUAAAAACUUUGCCUUUAAUUCUGAAGAAUAUUGGGAAUGUGCUAUAAUGCAGACUUCGAUAACAUUGGACCAUCAGGUAGGUACUUGUAAAAUGGCACCAUCAGCUGACCCAACAGGAGUAGUAUCACCCAGAUUACUAGUACAUGGAAUCAAAGGAUUAAGAAUAGCUGAUGCGUCAGUUAUCCCACGUAUACCAGCUUCACACACACAUGCUCCUGUUGUUAUGAUUGCAGAAAAAGCAGCAGAUCUUAUAAAAGAAGACUGGAACACGCCAAUACAACCUUUAUAAUGAAUACCUCAUUCAUCGUUGUUUAAGCGUUACGUAAAUCCAAAGAAACCAAUUAGCAUAAAUAUUGAUUUAGUAUUAUGUUAAUUUUGUAUUAAGAACUUACCGUCGAAUUAUGUAUAUUGUCUAUUUCGAAUAUUAUCAUACCUAUUCUCAUGGUUUGCCAAUGCACAAGGUAUUCCGGGUACGCAACUAGUAUGAAACUACACCUUUCCAUAUAUUUUUAUUCAUUUAAUUCUGUUGUACAAUUUACAUAAUGUGAUAACCCUUCCAUAUUACAUUCAUUUCAGGCGAUUAUUCGAUUAAUUCAGAAUGUUUAGUUAAUUAAGAAUAGUUAAUAAAUAAUCAUAAAAAUGUUUUCGCAUUGUUCUAAUUUUAUUAAUUGACGAAAACAAAAGAGGGUUCUAAAAUCGACGCGAGAAUAUAUAAUGCUCUAGCAAUCGGUUUUAAAAUCUAAUCACAUUUUGCGUGAAAAAAGCGUCGAAUGCUACUAACUUAUAUAAAUUAAGCAAUCUAGUCCUUUGGUAAGUACCCCGUUUACCCUUGUUUCUUACAUAUCACGAUAUAGUGUGCAUCUUGUUAAAUAAAUAACAGGAGUUUGAAGGUCGGUUGAUAUUUAUUAUCAUUAGUCUUAUAAUGUAAAAUUAUAUAGCACAUAUUACAUGGGCUGAAAAGUCCCGGGCCUAACACAUAUAUGGCGCUGGUUUUAUUUCAUCCACCUCUUUUGCAGUUAGUACUAAUCUUAAAAAGACAACUGUUAAAAUUUCAAGAUAUUCUAUUCAUUAAAUUUUUGAGUUAUUGUACUAAGAGUGACGCUACUUUUGUUAUUUUCAAAACAAUGGAUCAAACACAAUUUCGUGUUUUAAUUUUACACUGCUUCUUGACGAGAAAAAGCUAAAAAAAUAGCGUUCAGGCGAAGCAAUGACUUGGAAAGUGUUAUGGGAACUCUGCUCCAUCAGAAACAACAAUAAACCGUUGGUUUGCUGACUUCAAACGUGGUCGUAGAGACACCGAUGAUACAGAACGCAGUGGACGUAAUGAGGCGGUAACACUAGAAAUUAUAAAAAAAAUGCACAUGAUCGUUUUGAAUGAUCGAAAAGUGGCUUUAUAUUGUAUGAGCAUUUGACUAUGAGAAGGCUCUGUUCAAAAUGGGUGCCGCGUUUACUCACUGUUGACCAAAAACAAGAACAUGUUGAUAUUUCUGAGCAGUGUUUUUUAGCAUUAGCAUUAGCAUUAGCAGCCUGUAAAUUUUCCCACUGCUGGGCUAAAGGCCUCCUCUCCCUUUGAGGAGAAGGUUUGGAGCAUA